AAGCCUCUCAGCCACUUGACCUCUUCCACCUGCAGGGCAGGUACCAUGUGGAGGUUCACACCCUGGUGACUUAGUGAAAAGGCUGAAACAGCCUACAUCCCUGUGCACAUGCAGAGACAGUGGAGGUGGCGGCCUAACGUGACCUGAAGUGGUCACUGUCCAGUGUGGUCUCAGAGGCAGUCAAGAAAAUGAGGAGUGGCAGUUCCUGUCUACCUGGUCCUGCACACGUCCUGCUGUUGCUACUGCUGCUGCUUCCAUUGCUGAGUAUGGGGAACUUCCAGUACAGACUCCCAGGCUGGUUAGACUUUCAUCACCUCAGUGAGGGCUGGAGAAACCUCCACCAGCACUUCAACCUAAACAAGGGAAGCUUGCACCACCGCCGCAGCCAUGCAGACUGGCCCCAGGAGACCCAGACAGAAGAAAAGAGUUCCUGCCAGAGUGCAUACGAUAUCUACUUUGUCUUGGACAUGUCUGGCAGUGUGGACAACAACUGGAUGGACAUUUACCACCUUGUAAAUGAUUUGGUCAAGAAAUUUGAAAAUCCAAAAGUUCGAAUAUCAUUCAUCCUCUACUCCACUCUGGGUCAAACCGUUAUGAAGCUCACCUCAGACAAAAAAAAGAUAGUAGAAGGUCUUCACAAACUUCGGAAUGUCGUGCCUACAGGAGCCACAAACAUGCAAGAAGGAUUAAAAAAGGCGAAUUAUCAGAUAUUGGAAGCAACUAAUGGAGGAAAGACACCAAUUCACUCUGUAAUCCUGGCUCUAACAGAUGGAACACUUGAACCUAUUCCACUAGAAGAAGCUAAGGACGAAGCUGCAAAGGCUCGGAAAAUGGGGGCAACUGUUUAUGGUUUGGGUGUAAAAGACUACCGGAAAGACCAGCUAGUGGCAAUUGCAGACAGUAAGGAACAUGUCCUCGGCGUGAACAGAUUCCAAGAUCUAAAAAACCUCGUUAAUCCAAUAACAGAAAAGACCUGUAUUGAAGUUACACGUGUUGAAGCUUCCAGUUACUGUGUAGGAGAAAAUUAUGAAUUGCUGAUUACUGGAAAGGGCUUUAAUAAUGCAGGGAAAAAGGAAGAUGUUGUUUGUAGAUUCAAGUUCACUGACACAGAAUUCUUUGAUAAAAAAGCAACCUCUGUGGAUGAUAGUACCAUAAUGUGUCCAGGAGUAAAGAUAGAGAAGCCAGACCAGCAAGUCUUUGUUCAAAUAAGCCUGGACAAUGGUGCCAGCUUCAUUGACAACAAUGCUAACAUCACUAGCAAGGACUGUGCAGUUCCUCAGUAUGACUUUCCAGAAUCACGAUCCUCCGUUGGGCUACAGGAUGCAACAGACCGGUCUCAAGUGAAUGACUCAUCCACUUCAGAUUCAGAUUCAUCUAACUCACAUAAGGAAAAUAUCCCUCUCUAUGUGGCUAUAGGCGUAGCAGCUCUCUUUUUCAUAUUAUUUCUCAUCUUUUGCUUGAGAAAAUGUUGCAAAAAGACCGUCAAGGAGGCAGUGCCGAUACCGGUGCCGUGUGUACAGAGACCCAUAGUGGUUGUCCCUUGUUGUGGGUGCCGAAAUGACAGGAUAAAACAAAUGGAGGGAAAACUGGAUUCCUUGUAUCACUUUCCUCGAGGGUGUAACCAGGUGCCAUUGAUGUGGUAUCAGCCCAGGAAUAAGGGAAGGUGCUUACUCAACCCAUUCAAGACCACCUGUGCACCACUGCCCUGCUGCCAAAAUCUCUGUCUUCAGCCUAAUGAGGAGCUUCUGCCUCUCACAAGCUGCUGCUCGAGGUGCCAACCCUCUUCACCCAUAUGCUCCACUCCAUCCAGAAUGCUACCCCUCUUCUCUCCCCCUGCCCGAAUACUCUGUGGAACCCCUUUGUCACUCCCACCCCCAUAGCCCAACCUCUAAAGCACCAGAACUCCAAGACUUUUAAGAACCCUUUUUGUACAGGA